AUGAAAUAUCUAAGUUCAAAAGGCCAGUGCUCGGAAGUGAAGUGUAAUCGGCAACCCUUGAGUGAUUCUAUGCAGAGGCUUCUUCAUGAAAUUAAUGAAGCAGAACAAGAAGAGUUCGUUAUUAAAUCAGUUCCAAAGGAGGGAUUCUCUGUUGGGAAGAUCUGUUAUGAUACUGCGGUAUGCAACAGUCAAUCCACUUCACCAGAAAUUGGUGAAGAAAGUUAUUCUGACAAGUAUUUUGCGCCAGCGCUUCGACCUUGUUCUUCAGAAGAAGUUUUUGAAAACAACACCUCGAGAAAUUCGCCAUGGAUGAAGAUGAUUUAUUCGUCAGAUGAUGAAAAUGAUAAUGUUUUUACAGGAAGCAAAAAGAGUCAUGAUAGCAAACGCAGGAGUAGUCUGAAUUCCGACUUACAACCGCAAGUUGUGGCAUCCUCCGCUUUUGCUGGUGUCUGUAGUGAGAUUUCCACUCAUGACGUACAUCUUGCAACUCAUAUCAGCGAAGUAGAUGGAGUAUUGCAAAGAAACUUACCUGGGCCUAGUUCUAGAUUCUCUAAAGGGCUUAAUGGAUUUCCGCCUUAUUCUAAUGCAGAAGUGAAAGUUGCAGCAGCUGUGGAAAUAAUGAAUGAAAUUCAGUUAAAACCUGUAAUUGAAAGUAAAGAAGAUAGUACUGUUGAACUUGCUGAAGAACUGGCUGAGAUUUCUUUUGAUGCAGCUCACGUUUCUACUCCACUUCAGCGAGUCCUCAAAAGUAUCGGAAAAGAUGCCAAGAGAGUUCGAAGUUCCAAAGCGGAAAAUAAAGAAGCCGGGGAAACAAACACGCAUAAGGUGGCCCUUCGGAAAGAUGAAUCCGUUCAAACAUUUGCCACUUCGAGAAAGUUUUCUGAUGCAGUCAAGCUUGGUGAGGGGAGUUUUGGCGAAGUUUUCAAAUGUUUUCUGGACAGACAAGAAGUUGCCCUGAAAGUAAACAUGGCUCCUGAAGUUAUCGUAAGCGAUAUGCUACAGUCUUUAUGUAUACCUGGUAUAAAUGCAACAAAUGGUUUUAUUAAGUUUCCAGGGGCAUUUGUUGUAAAAGGUCGCUACCCUACACCUCUUUUGAAGGCAUGGGAUAAUUAUGAUGGAGAAAGUAUAAAUGACUGUCCCCGGGAAUUCAGUAGAAUUCAAAAAUUUGUUCUUCUUGCGUACGAUAUAGGUGGUAGAGAUCUGGAGAAAUUUAAACCGAAAAGUGUUUCACAGGCAUACAGCGUUGUUUACCAAAUCGCAUAUGCUCUUGCGGUCGCGGAAGAAGUGUUGGAAUUUGAGCACAGGGACUUACACUGUGGUAACAUAUUAGUCGCAGAUUGCGUCGACGAGUUUAGAGAGGAAGUGCUGAGUGGUGAUCUCGUCAAGAUCCGAACCUAUGGAGUGAGUGUGAAGCUUAUUGAUUUUUCUCUAUCUCGAUUAAGAAAAGGUUAUUAUGUUGUAAUACUGUCUCGCUGUAUGUUGGCUUCUUGUGCCAUCAUUUUUUUUACAUUAAUUGGUGAUUAUAACUUCACUACACUUGUGGAAUUUGUUCUUUCGUAG